AUGUCUUUCAGAGUCAAAUUCUUCCCAACAAAAGAAGAAGUUUUCGAGAAAAGUGACGAAGAAUGUCGACAACUUGCAGAGACACUCAGAAGCACCGGAAAAGUGUUCGUUGAUCCAGAAUUUCCUCCCAACGCCGCAUCGCUCGGCAUCCGAACACAUAAAUCUAUCAAGAAACCAGACACUCCAUGGCACGCACCUCAUCAGUUCGACAAAGACUGGUGUGUUUUUAACGAUCCGUGUCCGUUUGAAAUCGAACAAGGAAGUUUGGGAAAUUGUUGGCUCAUAGCUGCUCUGAUGUGUAUUGCUCGACGGAAAGAUAUUCUGGAGCACGUGUUACCACGACGAGAUUACAAUGUUGACUGUGGAAUUGUACAGGUUCGAUUGUUCAUCGAUGGUGAAUGGAAAGUGAUCAAAAUCGAUUAUCACAUCCCACAAAUUGAUGGUGAUGAGAGAUUUGUUCAAAGUUAUUUCAAGGAGUUCUGGGCGGCAUUUAUCGAAAAAGCAUUCGCAAAAGUCAAAGGAAGUUACGGAGAACUAGAUGGAGGGGACGCCGGCUGGGCACUUGAAUGUCUUACCGGAAAUCGUUGUAGUUCUAUUGAAGUCAAUGACAAAUCUCCAGACGAUUUGUGGAAAACUCUCACUGAGGCUGAUUAUUUGAUGGCUGUUUCAAUCAACGAGCUAGAAGAAAACUCUUACAAGAAAACAGAACUUGAAAACUUAGUUCUAGAAACAGAACACGUGUACUCUAUUCUUGAUGCCAAACAACAUGAUGGAUACCAGUAUAUUCUUAUUGGUUCCACUUGGACAAAUGACUACAAACACAAAAUUCUACCAGUAUACAGCAAAGAUUCCUGCAAAUUUUACACUGAUGAUGAUAACAUUGAAUCAAGAGCUUUCUGGAUGAAAUUUCAAGAUUUUAUCCGUUAUUUUGAUGACUUAGAUGUCUGUAAAUAUCGAAAAAUAUUUCAUCAAAGAUGCUUCAGUCAGACAAUUAAACGAACUGUAAACCAAGAUUACCAAGUUCUUCGACUUGACACAAACCAUCGUCAGAACUUCCGUAUUAAAAUCACUUCUGAAGAAGAUUCCAGCGAUCAUGUAACUUACAUGUAUCUGAAUAUUCAUCGUGCAACUAGCAAUAACAAGUGUGGAGAAUUAUUUAAAACCGUGGAGGAUAGAGGCUCAAGCAUAGACUUUCUGAUUAAAUCAAUUACCUUUGAUCCCGGAUCCUAUUUUCUUGUUUUUAUCCGGACUGAGCACAGUGACUAUGAGUAUACGCUGGAUUGGUCUUUUGAGAGCUCAACAACACUAGAAAAUGUGUCAAUCAGUUUUGCUAAUUUUCCUUGUUCGCUUCUUGUCGAAAGCCUGCAAACAAUGAUCAUGAAGUGUGGAGAGCGUAAAGAAAUUCGAAACGACAAAAAACAAGAAAUAGUAGUUUACAUCUGGACGGGAUUUUGGUCUACACUUGCGCUAGUAGAAAACAUGUUAAACUCGGAUUACAUCAGAGUCCAAUCAAUACUGGAGGAGUUUGAUGUGGACUGGAAGAUAUGUUACCGCAGGAGGUUUUGGUGGAAAGUGCCUCCGAAUACAAGAAGCAUCGUUGCUCAAAAUCGUGAUAAGUAUCGUGAUAACUCUGCUGUUGAUAUUAUAGAAGACUUUGAUGUCAGUUCUUGGUCACAAUUACCGUCGGAUUGGCUUGAGUAUCGUAUUAGUGAACGGCACAGGCCCUACUUUUUCACUCCACUACUAAUUGAACCAACCACUGAUUCAUAA